UUCCUCCACUCUUUGCUUCCAACUAUUCCUUUUCCCCUCAUAAUUCCUCGCCUUAUUUAGCAAAAGUUUAUUAAUCUUCAUCGAUCUCAACGAUAUGUCGAGUGAGCGAGGCAAGCAUAUAGCUGAAGGAUCAUCAAGGGCUGAUGAUCCUCAGCAGCAGCAGCCGCCUAGCCGGUACGAGUCACAAAAGAGAAGGGAUUGGAACACUUUCGGACAGUACUUGAAGAACCAGAGGCCACCGGUCACUCUUUCGCAGUGCAACUUCAACCAUGUGCUCGACUUCCUCCGAUAUCUAGAUCAGUUCGGCAAGACCAAGGUCCACCUGCAGGGCUGCAUAUUCUACGGACAGCCCGAGCCGCCUGGUCCUUGCACUUGUCCCCUCCGGCAAGCUUGGGGCAGCCUCGAUGCUCUCAUCGGGCGGCUUCGAGCCGCGUAUGAAGAGAAUGGAGGGUCACCCGAGACGAACCCUUUCGCUGGCGGUGCCAUUCGAGUUUAUCUUAGAGAGGUCAGGGAGUGUCAAGCUAAGGCUAGAGGGAUACCUUACAAGAAGAAGAAAAAGAAGGCCAAGGGGAGUGAUGAAUCAAGCACAUCCAUUCACUUGUCUUGAUGGGAUUACAGGAGAAGAGGAUCAAAUGUGAAGGGAUCAUAAUAUGAUAAAAAUCAAUCCAAGAUUUAGCUGAGUUUGGAGUUUUUAAUAUAUUUUUUGGGGGGUAUAUGG